AUGCAGUACAAGACCAUCAUCGCUUGGAUUGCCGCCUCGGCGGUCACCGCCAUGGCUCUGCCCGUCGCGCUCCCAGAAGAUGUAAUUGCAGUACCCCCCAACAGAUUCAGCACAACGUCAUCUAACGUCUUCUCUCGCGCAGUCUCUGGCCCUCCAAGCUCGCGCUGAGCAAGCUAAGCAAGCAGAGCAGGCCGUUCAAGCCACCCAGAACACUCAAGACACCCAGAACACCCAAGGCACCCAGAGUGCUCAGACACAGCUCUUCCGGGAGGCCGUCGCAGCCUCCCAGAACGGUCAAACCAACCAGCUCACGCAGUCCCAACAACAGACGGCACUAUCUUUUGCUAAACAGCAGGGAGCGGUCGACCAGAAUGGCGAGUUCAUCGAUCCGAAUACCUACUGGGGUAGCAGAUGGGGCAACGAUCCGUAUACCUACUGGAAUAACAGAUGGGGUUACAACAACAUCAAUCCGUGGUGGCUUUGGUUCAAUUUGGCCUCGCGCGGAUCUGGCUAUGACUGGCAGAAUUACCAUUACCCCGGGUGCUACUACUGCUAG